AAAAAACACUCGAAGGCGAUUGAUCGAUCGAGGAAGCGAGGAGCGAGCGAACUGAAAAGGAAACUAGUCAAAAUAGAAACAACAACAAGAAAUUUAAAAAUUUGAUUUUGAAAUUAUUGGAAUUUAGAAUAUUAAAUUUACUUGCAAUUGUUUUUCGUUUUUUGUUUAUUUUUUUGUUUUAAUUUUAAUUUCUUGUUUUUGGCCUAAUAUUUUUGUUGUUUUGUUGUUGUUGCUAUUCUAUUGGAAAAUUUAAAAUGUCACAGCCUUUGAAAUUUUAUUUUGAUUUUCUAAAUCAAUCGAGUCGCGCUCUAUAUAUAUUCCUGGAGGCAUCCAAAAUACCCUUCGAGGCGAUACCCAUUUCAAUGCUGAAAGGUGAGCAUUUAACUGGCGAAUUCCGUGACAAGGUCAAUCGUUUCCGUAAGCUGCCGGCCAUAACCGAUCAUGGCUAUCAAUUGUCUGAGAAUACGGCCAUCUUUCGCCAUUUGGCACGAGAGAAACUUGUGCCGGAGCAUUGGUAUCCACGUCGUCAUCUUGGCCGUAGUCGGAUCGAUGAGUAUUUAGCCUGGCAUCAAUCCAAUAUGGGUGUAGCAUGUACGGAAUAUUUUCAACAAAAAUGGCUGGUUCCAUAUCUGCAAAAGACGCGACCAUCUGAUAAUGCGGUAAAUGUGGCUGGAAAGCAAUUGGAGCACACAUUAAACGAUUUCGAGCAACUCUUUCUGAAUUCACGUAAAUUCAUGAUGGGUGACAAUAUAUCCUAUGCCGAUCUCAGUGCCAUCUGUGAGAUAGAUCAGCCCAAAUCGAUUGGAUUCAGUGCCUUUAAGAAUCGCAACAAGUUGGCUAGAUGGUACGAUUCAGUACGCGAAGAAUUGGGACCCCAUUACAAGAGUGUUUACGAGGAGUUCGAGGCUAAGCUGAAGCUGAACAAUCAGGGCCAACAAGGCGUGGCCCAGGCGCAGGCGCUGUAAAAUCCGAUUUCCACUUAAUAUAUAUAUAUAUAUAUUAUCUACCUAUAUUUGUUAUAUAUUUAAUUGCUCCAUAAGAGAAAACUAAAACUGUUUAUGUAAUUUAUAUUUUUCUUUUAAAUAUUCUUCAA